AUGAUUUACGAGCCGUGGUACCAGAGCAGGACUUGUCUUUGGUCACUUUUUUUGGCUUAUCUAAUGCAAACAGCUCUUCUGAAACUGAAGCUUGUCUAUUUUCGACGUUCGCUCGUGUGUCGUCUCAUGUUGCUGGACUGCCUGGCCCCCAUGUCACCUCUCUGUGGAGUCUAUGUUGCCAUUUCCGCUUUGUCUGACCUCCUCUUGCGGAGUCGAGCCGUUGUAUCUCUUGACAACUACAAUCUUCAAAUGCGAGAUGGUCUGAGCCGAAGAGCAGCCAAGACUACUAUCGUCAUGGCUGGAUCCGAAAUCUCUGAUUGGAAUGCGUCUCGGAGCACAUAA